CAGUAGAGUAGAGUAUGGGAUACUUGUUAAAUCUAUCUAAAAAUGGUGGCAAAGAUAUUAAAUACGGUUUUGUAGAUACCAACUUCAAUAAGUUGAAUGGAUAGCAAGUGUCCUUAGUUUUAGGUCAUCACAUCAUUCACUGACACUCAACAAGAAGAAGAUAUACUUAACUUCUUCUCUUUGUUCUAUCCUUCUAUUAUAGGGUUAUUCAUUUUUCCAAUUUUCGAAUGUUCUUUUCUUUCUUCUCUUAAUUUUCCACCACCGUUACUUUUUCUAAUUGCAUCGAAUGGAUCGAACAAACGAUGAAGAAAUCGAAGCUGGUGAUUGGGAAUUUAUCCACAACGAUAAUGAAAAUGAAAAUCCAAUCGUUGAAUUGAAAAAUUCUGAUUCAGAUUCUUCAAUUAUCAGAUCUGAUCAUUUUUCAAUCAAUCCGAUUCAGAUUCAUAAUAUUCCCAAUUCGAUUUCUAGUAGUUGCAGUUCCAAUUCCGAAAUUGAUCGUAAUUUCGAUGAUUCAUACGUUGCUAAUCAGAUUUACCCUAAUAAUCUUCGUCGUUGGAAUGAUUCUGAUUCUGAUAGCGACGUUGUUAGUGCUAACAACGUUGCUGUUGCUGUAAUUGAUGAUAAGGAGGUUGUUGAUGAGGUUGUUGAAAGUGGUAUUGAUUCGGCGGUGGUGGAGGAAGAGAGGAAGGAGGAUGAGAAGAGAUUGGUGUGGUGGAAGGUACCAUUGGAAGUGUUGAAACAUUGGGUGAGUCCUUUUUCGGUUGUUCCGAUUCCUUUGUCUGUUGCUGCAGCUGCUGCGUUUUUUGGGCUUCUUAUAUUGGGAAGGAGGUUGUAUAAAAUGAAGAGAAAGACUCAAACUUUGAAGCUUAAUCUUGCUCUUGAUGAUAAGAAGGUAUCCCAGCUCAAGGAUCGUGUUGCACGUCUCAAUGAAGCAUUUUCAGUAGUGAGACGUAUUCCUGUAGUACGGCCAUCUCUUCCAGCUGCUUCUACUAUAACUCUGAGGCCUGUGAUGAGUAUGAGAUGAACGAAGGAUUCGACAGAUUACUUGAUUUGAAGUAGUGUGAAAUUGCAAUAAUGUUUGUAAUAUCAUAAAAAUCCUUGGGUACGGAAACAUGUAUGUAUGAAUGUAAUAUAUGUAUUAUGUGUGUUGGAGUCGAAUCUACGAAGCUACACAGUGGCUUCUUGUAUAUGGUAUCAUAUCAUACUUGCUGUUAUUUCUAUAUCUGGCCAACAUAUUGUUGUGAGGGUAUUACUACAGUAUUUUGUUAAAAGGUUAGGAACAUGUAACUUGUUUAGUUAUGAUCUUUAGCCGGAAAAUUUCCUAAAAGUAA